AUGAGGCUGCUGAAAGUUGCAACCUGCAAUUUGAACCAAUGGGCUAUGGACUUUGAUUGCAAUAUCAACAACAUCAAGGAGUCCAUAGCCAAGGCUAAGGAGGCUGGGGCUGUGAUUCGGCUCGGGCCUGAGCUUGAGAUUACUGGGUAUGGCUGUGAAGACCAUUUUCUGGAGCUGGAUACUGUCACUCAUGCGUGGGAGUGUUUGAAGGAGCUGUUAGUGGGGGAUUGGACUGAUGGGAUGUUAUGUAGUUUCGGGAUGCCUGUGAUCAAAGGGUCGGAGCGUUACAAUUGUCAGAUUCUCUGUAUGAACAGAAAGAUUAUCAUGAUACGCCCCAAGAUGUGGCUUGCCAAUGAUGGGAAUUACAGGGAGCUUAGGUGGUUUACGGCGUGGAAACAGAAAGACCAACUUGUGGAGUUUCAGCUGCCGGGGGAUGUUUCCAAGGCUGUGUCACAGGAAUCGGUGCCUUUUGGUUAUGGAUACAUUCAGUUUCUGGACACAGCUGUUGCGGCUGAAAUUUGUGAAGAGCUUUUUACUCCCAGUCCUCCUCAUGCUGAACUUGCAUUGAAUGGGGUUGAAGUGUUUCUGAAUGCAAGCGGAAGUCAUCACCAACUAAGAAAGCUUGAUAUUCGUCUUCGUGCUUUUAUAGGUGCUACUCACACACGUGGAGGGGUGUACAUAUACAGCAACCACCAAGGGUGUGAUGGUGGUCGCCUUUACUAUGAUGGAUGUGCUUCUGUUGUUGUUAAUGGAGACCUUGUUGCUCAAGGCUCACAAUUUUCUUUGAAGGAUGUCGAGGUUGUGAUAGCCCAAAUUGAUUUAGAAGCGGUUGCUAGUCUAAGAGGAUCUAUAAGUAGCUUCCAAGAGCAAGCAAGCUGCAAAACCAGGGUUCCUUCAGUGAAGGCACCAUACAACCUUUGUCAGUCUUUUAAUCUGAAAAUGUGCCUUUCAAGUCCACUUAAGAUCAAGUAUCACUCUCCUGAAGAGGAAAUAGCCUUUGGUCCUGCUUGCUGGUUAUGGGACUAUUUAAGAAGAAGCGGAGCUUCUGGGUUUCUGCUGCCUCUUUCUGGUGGCGCAGAUAGCUCGUCCGUGGCUGCUAUAGUUGGCUGUAUGUGUCAGCUUGUGGUAAAAGACAUUGCGAAUGGGGAUCAACAAGUCAAAGCUGAUGCCAUACGAAUUGGACAGUACACUGAUGGGCAGUAUCCUACCGACAGCAGAGAAUUUGCAAAACGCAUAUUUUACUCUGUUUUUAUGGGAUCUGAAAACAGUUCCGAAGUGACAAAAUCACGGGCAAAGGUUCUAGCAGAUGAAAUCGGUGCAUGGCAUCUUAAUAUCAGUAUAGAUGGUGUUAUUUCUGCACUCCUGACGCUGUUUCAAACAGUAACAGGAAAAAGACCACGAUAUAAGAUAGAUGGAGGAUCUAAUGCUGAGAACUUAGGUCUGCAAAACAUUCAAGCUCGAAUCCGAAUGGUUCUGGCUUUUAUGUUUGCAUCACUUCUACCUUGGGUACAUAACAAACCUGGGUUUUAUCUUGUUCUGGGUAGCUCCAAUGUGGAUGAAGGAUUGCGAGGUUACCUCACUAAGUAUGACUGCAGCUCAGCAGAUAUAAAUCCAAUUGGAAGCAUUAGUAAGCAGGAUCUUCGGUCAUUUCUGCGAUGGGCUGCCACCCAUCUUGGUUACGCAUCCUUGGCAGAUAUUGAAGCAGCACCACCCACUGCUGAACUGGAGCCUAUACGUUCCAACUAUAGUCAGUUGGAUGAAGUGGACAUGGGAAUGACAUAUGAGGAACUCUCGGUCUAUGGAAGGCUACGAAAGAUUUUUCGCUGUGGUCCCAUGUCUAUGUUUAAGAACCUCUGCUAUAGAUGGGGUGCAAAAUUGACUCCACAAGAGGUCGCUGAAAAAGUAAAGCACUUCUUCAAGUACUACUCCAUUAAUCGACACAAAAUGACAACACUAACACCGUCCUAUCAUGCUGAGAGUUAUUCGCCAGAGGAUAAUAGGUUUGAUCUUCGCCAAUUUCUAUACAAUGUAAGAUGGCCUUACCAGUUCCGAAAGAUUGAUGAACUUGUAAAAGAGUUAGAUGGUGACAGAGUUCAUUUGGGAGAAUCAAGUGACUUGGGAGAUGCUUCACAUGGUGGAGGAAUGGGAGUCGUGGCAGCAGGCUCAGGCAAUCCAAAUGUUGGACACUAGUUUCUUAUUAAUCUAAAACCAAAGAUCUUAACACACAAUCUGUUUCUGUUUCUAUCUCACACAUUUUGAAGAUUAGUAUGAACAUUCAAGCUUGACAAUCUGUCAUUGUAUAAACGACGCUGUAUAUCUGUUUCAUUUUCUUAAAGGGUAAUAUAAUUGUCCAAAGGAUUUUUAUAGAA